AAGAAAUUAAAGAGUUGAAAAGCAAAAAUACCAACCUUACUGAGUAUAAAGCUAAGUAUUAUAGUAAGUUGAAAGAAGCAAAUUCAUUCCAAUCUAGAAUCAAGUCAUUGGAAGAAGAAUUAUCUUUAACUCAGAAAUACUUAUCAAAAAAAGAUUCUGAGAUAAUGUCCCUCAAAGCUGAAUUGGUAAAUAUAAAGAUUGAAUUAGAUUCUAAUGUCAGUGAGCUUGAGCGUCUAAAAUUAGAGGAUAUUUCAAUAUCUGUGAUUGGUGGAGAUAGUGAAAAAAAUAUAUCAAAGUCUAGACCCGAAGGGUCAUUGCUUUGCAAUAAUAAUAUCUCUGCAGUUAGUGAAACUAGCAAAAAUCUCAGUCAAUAUUUUGCACACAGAAAAAUUAUGAACGAAGUCGAAAAAAUUAGCACUGAUAUACCAACUCAUACUAAUAAUAAAAUUGUUCCAAUAUUAGAAUCUUCAAAAAUCGAUACUGAGAUUACUUCUAAGAUAAAGAAUGUGACUCCAAUUAGAUCUCAUAAUAUUACAAUAGGAAGAAGUAAGGAAUUACUUAUUAUAGCAUUAGGUGCUAAAGUUAUGGAUUCCCAAUCCGUCAUGCAAAAAAACUCAAAAACAAGAUUACCUCCAAUGAAACUUUUUCUUAUGGAUAUGGAUGAGACUACAAAGCAUGCUUCAUCAUACUAUAUUGGGCAUCCAGCAAUGUCAUGGCCAUUCGCUAAGCUAGUUACAGAAAAAAGUGGCACAGGUAAGACUAAUAUAUUCGGAAAUCUUGUUCUUGGUAACAAAGCUGAAUAUAUAUAUAAAAAGAAAAAGGAUGGAUCUAGAUAUAUACAGUGUGAUGAUUUGAUAGUUUGUGGAUACCAUCCUGAGGAACCAAAAUGGGCUUUUGUUAGAUAUAUGUAUGGAAUAAUUGCAAGUAAUCCAAGAGCAUCAUAUUAUGAAAAUAUUAGGUUUAGUUAUAUCUCACCUGAAAAAAUUCCUAGUGUAAAAUCUUUCUCCCCCAAAAGAAGUACUAAUAUUUUACCUAUAUUUAUCAUGCAAAAAUAUCAUCAUGUCCCAAUGAUUAUACAUGAGAAUCUUUCUCAUAUAUUAAUGUUUAACAGUAGUAGUUCUUCUCAAGAUGUUUCCAAAAUUGUUGGUCGGUAUACUGAUGAUGUAAAAAGUGCAUCAAUGGUCAUUAAUAGCUAUCUUCGCAAGAGUGAGUUUAUUGUAUUUGACCUUAAUAGAGCAGAGGACGAUCCACUUGCAAUCCAGUUGAGGUUCGAUACCCCAUUAGAUUUGCAGAAAGAAAUAGAGUUACAUCAGAAGCGUAAGACAAAAAAUGCAUUACCUACGGAGCUCACGAAUUCUGAACCUGAAAAAUUAGCCAC